AUGUUAAAUUCAUUUCAGCGUGUUCAAGUUCUUAUUGAAGCUUUACCUUUUAUACAACAAUUUUCUGGACGUAUUGUUGUAAUUAAAUAUGGUGGUUCUACUAUGAAAAAUGAGAGAUUGAAAAAAGAGAUAAUCAAUGAUAUAUUAUUUUUAUCUUUAGUUGGAAUUAAGCCUGUAUUAGUACAUGGUGGUGGCCCUAUUAUUAAUUCAUGGUUACACAAGUUAGAUAUAGAACCUAAAUUUGAAAAAGGCAUCAGAGUUACGGAUCAAAAGACUAUGGAAAUAGUAGAGAUGGUACUUGUUGGUAAAAUUAAUAAAGAUUUAGUAACUUUAUUAAAUAAAAAUAAUAAUUGUGCUAUUGGCUUAUCUGGAAAAGAUGGUAAUUUAAUUAAAGCAUCAAGAUUAUUCGACAUGGAUAAUAAUUUUGUUGGUAAAGUUAAUUCAGUUAAUAUUCAGCUGUUAAAUUUGCUAUUAAAUGAAAAUUAUAUACCUAUUAUUGCUAGUACUGCAGCAGAUGAUCAAGGUCAAGCAUAUAAUAUAAAUGCUGAUACUGUUGCAGGUGCUAUUGCUGCAGCAUUAAAAGCAGAAAAAUUAAUUUUAUUAACAGAUACACCUGGUAUUAUGUAUAAUAUUCAUGAUAAUAGUACUUUAGUUAGUCAUUUAAAUAUAGAAGAUGCUUAUCAAUUAAAAAAUAAAGACAUUAUUAUAGGUGGUAUGAUUCCUAAAAUUGAUUGCUGUAUAAAUGCUUUAAGAUCAAAUGUAAAAUCUGCGCACAUAAUAGAUGGUAGAAUAGAGCAUGCAUUACUGUUAGAAAUAUUCACGUCUGAAGGUAUAGGUUCGAUGAUUGUUAGUUAA